GAAGCAGAAUCCUGUAGUAAAUUUCUACAGUCAAACCCAAAUGCAACUAAUGGAACUCACGAAAUAGCUGUUGGCUCCAAAAGAUUCUCGGUAAGUGAUUUUUUUAAGGUUUUCGAUUCAGUAACCGUUCCAUAAACAAAAGGCAACAGUACUAAAAGACCAAUACGAGAGAGUGGCCCAACUAAAGUUUUGCCAGGAGUCAGACUGACUAGGGGUAGUCAAUGCCAGAAAUUGUUACCUUCCCCGUAGUUCAUUUCCGAUACACGAGAGUAAGAUCAUGGAGUGAAAGCACAAUGAGAUGGGGCCUUCGAUUUCGCCUGCUGAGAUAGAUAGUCUGCGGAAACAGCCGCUUCUCCUCGUUCCUCACCAUUAGGGACGUUUCGCUAGGAGGAACGUCUGCGCCUCAGCGAAAUCAACUCCAUACUGAUGAAGUAAGAUUUAUCUGGAAUCUGGUCAGGAGCUCUGAUUGCUCAACGUAUCAGUUAAGUUGCUUUUGCUAUUGUUUACGAACGACAGACAACAGACAAACGGUCACAAAGGUGAAACGAAAACGCGAUGAAUCUAGUACAAAACAGUCAAUCUUCGUUUAACAUAUUCUUUUUUAGAAGAAGCAUUUGAGUUUUGUUGGAGCUAGUUCACCGGAGAACACAAAACUUUACCAUAAUCGAUCAGGAGAAAUAUAAAAUCGAAGACUUUUAAUUUGGAACCCCAUGACUACCGGAUUUAGUACGUAAACAUUGAUUUACAUCAUGAGUAUGGAAUUUCUGUGGCUGAGGUGCAGACGUCCCCUCUGGCGAAACGUCCCUUGUGGCGAGGAGCGAAGAAAGACGGCUGUUUUCGUAGGCUACUCCUGAGAGGACUUGAAGGCUUAACCACUUACAGACGUGACAGAAAGGUAAUACCUUCUCCUCAGUUAUUUUAAGACGCUAAGUGUUGGUCCAGCCGCAAAUUGAACCUUGGUCUACCACUCCAAAAUCUGGUACCCAUCUGGUAGCUAUCAUGUGGAAAUGAAUUUGAGAAAGGCGUACAAUCGGCCGUUCACUGAAUCCAAAAUACAACUAACACAACUUAUUAUUCAUUCAAAAUAUUUCCCCGAUUCUGAUUGGCUAAAAGCACACGUUUAAUUCAACAUAACCAGUUACUGAUGACCUAAUUUGGAGGAAUUUUGACUUUAACGAGGAAAUGACGUCAAAAAUGCAGCGUUUUCGCAGGUUAAGGCACCGUUAACCGAGAAGACCUGGGGACGAGGUUGAGUUGUUUUCGUUGUGAACUUGAAAAAAUGGCGGACAUUUCACUCGUUUCAAGAGUAAGAACUAGGCUAAAAAAUAGCUAAAAACAUGGCAAGAACAGCAAGAAGACAACUCCAAGGGCGAGAUCUGCUAUUUGGAGAAUAUUUGCGGAGCUGGACAAACCUGAACGUACACUAUCGAAGAUCAACUGAACAUCGAUGGAUCGAUAGAGCUGAGCAUGUUUUAGCUAUGUUUUUAAACUAGGAAUUAUUUUGAAUGAAUAAUAAAACAGUUAUUGAAUUCGGCUUUCGUAUCAUAUGAAGAAUUAUGGAGAUCUCGGAGGGUGUUAUCCGCCUCGGCCUACGGCCUCGACGGAUAACACCCUCCUCGAUCUCAUAAUUCUUCAUAAGAUACUCAGCCUCAUUCAUUAACUGUUAAUUAUCUUCUGACAGGGAACCGAAUAAAUCUGAAAAAUAUCUCCUGAUAACUAUCUUUGACGACCACAUUAAAGUGUUUGUAGUAUUUACCGGGUAUUUAAUAAUGAGAAAUAGUUAAGAAUGAAUUAAAAAUAGUCUAAAACAUACAAAUCAUUAAUACGAAGAGCAAUAUUCAGUGCGAGUAAUUAGAUUAGUAUUUUCAUUAAUUUAUAUCGAACGAUCACUUUGUCUUCUUAGAAUAUAAUCUAAUGCUGGUUUCCAAAUUCAGUCUUCGAGGGAAGGGGGAUACUCCCUAUGAUGGCCUUUAAGGGGAGGCUCCGCCCAUAAGCAGGUGAGGGGUUCCCUGUUUUCAGGCUUCAGCAACAUUUUUUUUGAGUGAGAGAUUAGGCCUAGGCCAAACGUCGAACUCUUCUUGAGACGAACGAAACAAUUUCUAAUUUGGGUCAACCUAAAUUAAUUUAAGAUCGUCUGUCGGGUCAGACGUCGAUGUUGUUGUCAGUUCGCGGCUCUUGUGAACUCAUUACUUAGAUUUCAGUUGUCAAACAAUUCAUCUUUAUUCACGCGUCGAAAUCGGGCUCGCUCCUUUUUCUCUUCAACAUGGGUUACAAGCAAUUAAAUAGGUAGGUUGAUUGGAUGAAAAGAAAAGCCAAACACCGCCAUGAGAAAUUCGCUCAAAGAUGAAAAGAUCUCGAUAAACAUCUCCUUACAUUAACUGAAUUGUCCCUCCGUUUUCAGUUCAAUUCACAAAUCUUCACUUUUUGUCAACUGCUAGGAAAAACCAACUAAAUCUCGCGCUUGCUUGUAAAUCUACCCUAAAGGGUAUCCUUGGCAAUUCUUAUAGCUGUAUCACUGCAGUUAAAUGGGAUGCUUAUGAUGUGUAAAAUACAGUAGGCAAAGCAACACGAUGUCAUCCGGGCCGUCGAACUCAUCCCGCUUUCAUCCCGGUAACCGGGCUAAAGCGAUCAUAUGGCAAAAUUUUCCAUCCCGCAUACCGAGAUCCCUGGAAACGAGCCAGCCCACACUCUAAGGCCUCUUCACAUGAGCCCGGUUAACCGGGCUAGCCCUCUUACCGGGAAAAAUUUCACCUUGGGUUCAUAUGAGAGAUUUCAGCCCGGUUGCCGAAAUGAGAAAAGGCCGAAGACGAGAUGUGGCGCAAAUUCGAGAAACAAUGAAAGCAAACAUGGCGAAACACAAAUUAAGUUAUAUCUUUCGCGCCUAUCGUAGCUUUGACAACUCUUGUAGUUGUAUAACUGCAGUUAAAUGAGAUGCUUGAAAUGUGGAAAAUACAGCAGGCAAAGCAAGACGAUGCAGAAUUCAUUCGAAUAAUUCAUCCCGCCUUCAUCCCGGUAUCCAGGCUGAAGUGUCCAUAUGGUAGAAUUUUCCAGCCCGCUUGCCAAGAUCCCGGUUGGAAAAACCGAGAUCUCGGGAACCGAGCCAGCUCGCCCUCUCAUAUGAACACAACGAAAAUUUUGCAAAGGAUUCAGACUAAAGAGAGAUCUCGGAAAGCGGGCCUGCCCAGUCAACCAGGCUCAUGAUAUAUGAAGAAGCCCUUAUAGAGGCAAACCGGGCUCAUAUGAAAAGGCCUUUAGCCUUUAAUAUCAGUCGUGGUUGAAUUUUUUCUUUAUCAGGAGCAUGUUUAAAUAAACAUAAAAUAACCAGAUUUUUGGCUCACUGCGACCUUAUCUAACACUGAAAUAUACGAAAAAGAAGAAUGGAAUAACAUCAAUUGAAAAUAGUAAAUAGAAAUACGUCUUAAAAGCUGCGAUUUUUAUUUUGCUUUAAUUUGCAGGUAUAUUGCCUUAUGAAAGAGGGCCAAGGUUGGACUCUCAUUGCCCGUGUCUCAAACGAUGAUGAAGAACAGUGGAAGCGGAGCAGCAACUGGUGGAAUGACAAAAAAGAUGGUGAAGGAAAUACAACUGAUCCAAUUGACAGCAAAGACAUGAUCUCUCCUGCGUUCUGGCUGGUCGGCGGCAACGAGUUUAUGAUUACACGUAGUGAUGAUCCUUACACUGCCCUGUUACAGACAACAGAUGACUGCCUGGGCAAUCAGACAUUUAGAGCUAAAAUGCACACGAGAUAUGGCGGCCAUCGUAGUGGAUAUCUCAUUGAUGAUAAGUGUGUGAGUAGUUGCAACGUUUCAUAUGGAGGCCAGUACAGUGAGACUGACGGAUUUGAGCAGGCAAAAAAAAACGGAUGCUCACCGGCUAACCUUCAGACUGGCAAUAAAAUCGGGUUUUGGUGCAAACAUGUACAUAAAAAAUCUGGAGCUGGCGGUAAGCAUUCUAACCGGGCUAUGAUGAUGAUCGGCGCAGGAGGUGAUGGGUGCUCAGGAGCAGACCACGGGAUUGGAAUAAGACGUGGCCCCGGAGAAAAUAAGAAAAAGGAUUUUGGUAACAAAGCAGACGAAUCACCCACUACAUACUACUCUUUAAACUUGUGGGUACGCUGA